AUGACUGGAGGCAAAUCUGGUGGCAAGGCCAGCGGCAGCAAGAACUCGCAGUCGCGUUCGUCCAAGGCUGGUCUUGCCUUCCCCGUCGGUCGUGUUCACCGUCUUUUGCGCAAGGGCAACUACGCUCAGCGUGUUGGUGCCGGUGCCCCCGUCUACCUGGCUGCCGUUCUUGAGUACCUCGCUGCCGAAAUUCUCGAGUUGGCCGGAAACGCCGCUCGUGACAACAAGAAGACCCGUAUCAUUCCCCGUCACUUGCAGCUCGCCAUCCGUAACGAUGAGGAGUUGAACAAGCUUCUGGGUCACGUCACCAUCGCCCAGGGUGGUGUCCUCCCCAACAUUCACCAGAACCUUCUCCCCAAGAAGACUCCCAAGAGCGGGAAGAACCCAAGUCAAGAAUUGUAA